AUGUCAUCACCCAUCAUUCCGCCGAGUGUCUUUAUAGAAUAUAUGCAGAUCAAAGAAGUUUGGUUAACAAAACAAUUUGGUAAAUGGUCACACCCAGAUGCUGAUUCGAUCACCAGUUUGACUCCUUUUGCUUUGUCUUCGGAAAUCUUGACCAUUCCGCAAUUGUUAUCCUUCAUUUCUAAGAUACUAAUCUGGAAUGUUUCAUCACCUGGUGGCCUUCAUUCUCGCAGCAUGAGUUUUCCGGAUGGAAGUGGACAAUUAUUCUACACAACCAUUGGAACACAAUGA